AUGUAUAACGCCAAGGAGUAUGAUGAAACACUGCCGUUGCUUGUAGAGCUGCAGCAGCAGCAGCAGCAGCAGCAGCAGCAGCAGGAACAGCAGCAGCAGCAGCAGCAGCAGCAGGAGCAUCAGCAACAGCAGCAGCAACAGCAGGAGGACAGCAAGCUGCAGCACAAACACACAGCAGCAGCAGCAGCAGCAGCAGCAGAAGCAGCAGCAGCAGCAGCAGCAGCAACAGCAGCAGAAGAGGAACAGCAGAAGCAGCAGCAGCAGCAGCAGCAGCAACAGCAGCAGAAGCAGGAACAGCAGCAGCAGCAGCAGCAGGAAUAG